CGGAUGCGGUAAGUAUUGAGCUGUAUAAAAGCGAUUAAACAUAAUCAUUUGUAGUACGUUCACAACUAAAGUUUGAAACAUGAAAUUAGCAAUCGUUUGUCUAUUGUGUUUGGCUGUUAUUAUUGAAGGGCAAUUGGCGGGUAGGAACAUAUGUCGUCACGGCACUGUGGGCACAUGUCUUGGCUUCACCAAUCAGCGGUGUCCUCGUAACAGCGAGUGUCGCCGUGUAUCAGGAACGUUCGGGGUCUGCUGCAGUCUGUCUAACACAAAUCCAGGAGGAGGAUGUCGAUGCGAUAAUGGUCAGCGCGGGAGAUGUGGUGGAUUCCAGGGUCUUAGAUGUCCGCGAGGCACCACAUGCAGUUGCAAGGGACCUAUUGCCCACGACGGAUUCGGGAAAUGCUGCAUUAACCGACCGAGGUACGGUUACUAGCGAUUUGGACAGAAAGGAGCGUUGCAAUAUUUCUUUAGCAUUUGUUUUGUUUUCGAUAUUAUAAUAAAUAACCAAAAUUAUC